AACCCAGCGUCUCGUUCUGUUCCGGAAGGCAUGUGAACCCCUAAAACAGAGAACUGUGUUAAGUUGGCUCGUGUCAGAGAUGAUCAUCUCUAGCGCUAACUUCACGCGUCAAGAUGAGUGCUUCUGCGAUAUAUACCGUUUUGAACUUUGCGUUUUUCACACUAAUAAAGCUAAUUAUGAUUAAUUCAUGUUUCACAAAUUUCUGUUUUGGGAACAUUGAUUCCGUCGUGACGGAACUAACCUUCGGACGAAACUAACCUUGAAAAUACCUCCCUGUUUUGAUUUUACUUGGAAGGAGAUAUUGGGAUAUAGCAGGUUUAAUUAAUUAAGAAAGAAUGGGGUGCGGAGACAACGAAACGCAUAAUAUCUAGUUUAAAAAGAAGAAGAAGACGAAACUUUUAAGGAAACGCGGCUUCUCGAAUGACAAUGACAGCGAGGGAGAGAAAAUGUCCAAGGAGAACGUCGAAGAAACAAAGAUUAUUCAGAAACUCCGCGAGAGACCGGCUGGCGUCGAUGUUGGUUUGGCGCUCGGAGAAAGCGUUGUAUUCAAUGUGUUGAUGUCGGAUCCCUUUAAUAUGAAAAUCGGAGAAAAUAUGGUUGUGCUGAAGAAUACAAAACAUAAGCCGAGCGAUGCCUACAACACUGCCAUUGAAAUGCAAUUUAACAUGGAGACCAAUAAAGACGAUGAGAAUGAAGAAAUGGUCAAGUAUACAGAAGAAUAAUUGUUGAAGCGCAAGAGUAAAAAUAAUAAUGAUGCAGCGAAUAAUACGAAUAAUGAUAAGGGAUCAUAUUGCUCACCAGAGGAAGCAGUGUUGCACGCAGUACUGGAACAUUUGAGGCAAAGCUCGACCAAUUGUAACGAGGAAGUGCUUUCGAAUCAAAUGUUAUCUGAUAUUCCAGAAGUCGAUCUUGGCAUAAAUGCCAAAAUUUGGAAUAUUGAAGCUACAGAACAGGCAAAAUUAAAACUUCUUUGGGACAGGCACAGAAAAAAAGAUGGGUCCUCACAGUUUGUUCCUACAAAUAUGGCUGUGAAUUUCGUACAACACAACAGAGUCAACAUAGAAGACUCAGAUUUUCAAAAGUCGCAGCAGGAAUCUGGCAACAAGAAGAAAUACACUACCAAAGAAGACAUUCGAGGAAAACGAAAAGAUAAUGGAGAGAAGGUGACGGACGAUUAUCAUUAUGAGAUAUUUAAAGAGUAAUUCAGACGAUUUUGAAUUAGACUUGUAUAAUUAAUUAUAUUAUUAUACUUUUUGAAUUUAUAUAAGUGAAUAUUGAUGAUUUCUUAUCUUAAAUGUUUUUUUAAUUGUAAUUUAAAUGUAAGAAUCACGAAACAAUAAAAAAAGAAUCAAGGAACAAUACAA